CAACCAGCAUCCAUAAACACCUUGAUCCAGUGGGCUGAACACGCUUGCAUCGCAGAGGAUAUAUGUCUGCCCAGCUGCUCAAGGAAAUUGAGCAACAUGGGCCGACCGAUGCUGUGGUAAACCGCAUCGACUCACUUGCAGAGCAAGACUCAACACGUCUCGCGCAAGUCGUGCAAUUACUGGAUGCACGUCUGCCUGAAGUCGAGCAACAGCUGGACGCCCUUGUGCAUCGACAUGGCAAGCGACUCUAUAGUAUCUUUGCGGAUGACAAUGAGUCUACAAAGCAGGCGCGUCAGGUGUUUGCUGCGUCGCCCGUGGCCUUUGAGCUCGCCGAUAUCUUAAUGGAACAUGCGCGUACCAUUCAACAACUGGAGGACCAGCUUGACGCAGCGCACAAAGAACAAUCUCAGUUGGAAACACUGCAGCGCUUGGAUACACGCUAUCAAAACGCUGUGGGCGUGUCAAAGGCAGGUCAUCUGUGCAAAGCUUUGGGUAUGCUCAAUGAUUUGCGCGCCGAUUUGGAAUCAGAGGAGGAUGCAGCUCUCGCUGAUUUGAAAAACGAAGAACUAUCGGGUGAGAUCACUAGGUGCUACGGAGAAGUGGAGGAAAGCGCGCGAACCGUCUGGCACGGCAAGGUCUCUGUGACGGAGACGGCGCUCACGAUCGAAUCCGGUGAUGCGCUCGAGGAUGCUGUCAAAGCCAUGUCUAUGCUCGGUGCGCUCAAUAAACAAGCAAAGGCUCUCUCGAAGAAAAUUGAGGCCUUCUUUGUGCUGCCAAUCCUUCAACAAGCCAAGUGCCAACACGCAGAAGGAAGCAUACGACUAGAAUCCAGCAACAGCAACGGCAGCACAGGUCUCGAUGCACUGCAGCAAGUGGUCGAAUAUCUUGCCCAAAAGCUUCCAGCGGAAAUGCUCGUCCUGCUGCAGCAAUACUUGAUGCCCGCAAUACUCCUUGAAUUGCAGCAAACCUUUCUGCCUGCGCAACUACCUAUUGAAGUCCAAGCGACGGAGCGCAUCAAAAUACACAUUGUCUCUAUUCGUGAAUUCGAAAAGAAGAUGGCACAGUUGGGACUCUUAUCAGAUACAGACUUGACGGACUGGAUAGAACACAUCAAUCACCACUGGUUCGUUCGCAAGCGCGACGCAACUUUAGGUCAGGCACGAAAGGUCAUUCUUGCCUGGGGUGGCGCAACUGAGCAGGUCGAGGUACGUGAAGACGUCACUGGUCGAGACAUUGCUCAGGAACCGCAAAAUUCUGUAAAGCAAAGCGAGCCCACAGAGGAGCUAGAGGAAGAUGCUUGGGGUUCCCCCGAAUGGGAUGUGGAAGAUUCCAAGCAUACUACAAAAGCAAAGGAUGAUGAAGAAGAAGAUGAUGCAUGGGGUCUGGAUGAAGACAUUCCGAUCCCUACUACUCCUGGGAUCCAGCAACAAACCUUUUCAAAUCUCACUGGUGGUCAGAAGGUCACGCUCUCUGAAAAGUAUAUGGUGUCCUCGUUACCGAAAGACUUGCUUGCGCUCGUCGAUACGCUACGGGAAGAAGCGACAUGGUUGGACAACAGUCAAAGUCCAGUCCGAUCAGCUUCGCAAAGACUGAUUGAUGUGGUACCCCUGAUCAUGCUACUCUACCGCGGUUUAGUGCCGUAUCUGACUCAAAGAGGGCUGCCUCGCAUGCUUCUUUACAAUGACCUUUCUUACUUGGCGACCUUGUUGCCGAGACGCGACGCUAAUCUGACGGCGACUGCUGAAAGCCUGAAACAAUUCGGCGACUCAUUCUACAAGCUUGAGAUUGAAGAAAAGCAACAACAACUCCAUCUCAUACUGGAUGGCGCUUCUGGCUUUGUCGACUGCACCACACCUUCGCAAGAAGUUGUUUGCACCGCUACUUUACAAGAAUGUAUUGAUUUGCUUUGCCGAUUGCAGGAGCGCUGGGAAGGCACGCUUUCGCAUGCAACACUAUUGACAGCCCUUGGAAACUUGGUGGAAACGGUCGUUGCGUGUUUCACCUAUGAAGUGAUGAGUAUGACGGACAUUGCUGAACAAGAAUCCGCCCAGCUAGCCAAACUCGGCGACUUGCUUUCGACUGUUGAGCGGAAGCUCUUCUCUAAUCCUGCACAAGAUGACGAAGUCCAGGCUAUGGCAGCGCCUUAUGUGCCAUCUUGGUUCAAAUUCCGCUACUGCCUCGAGAUUCUUGAAGCCAAUUUGGCAUACAUUCUGGAUUUAUAUCGCGAUGGCUCGCUUGUUGACUUUGACAAGCGCGAGCUCGUGGAGCUCAUCCAGGCGCUUUUCGCUGAUAGCGACAAGCGGCGAAUGGCUAUUGGAGAGAUUCAGGGUGCAAAGCGCUGGCAAUGACAAGGUGUUUCUAGCAGGAUGCCGAUUGCUCAAUGCCGACUCACCACAUGACAAGCAAUGCAUCAGAGUAUACCCAUAUUAAUCAUGUUAAUCCUAAG